AUGGCAAGGCUAAACAAAAACAGAAAACGAUCCAGAAAAGGUCACCACGAGCCUCGCUUGUUUGCUACUUUUGCAGUGGUUAUUACAGGAUUUCUUUUCGCAUCCUUUGGUGGUGAUUGCUCUUGUAACACUGUUGUGUCAGCAUUUCAGCCAACUCUAUUAGCUAGACGAAGAAAUCUCUCCUUCUCAUCAGACGUGACUAGGCUAUCAUCUCCCACUCGUCGUCCAUUGAAAAAGAUCACUUCCCCUGACCUGUCCCAUACAUCGAGCAGAAAAAAUGAUGUUAGAUCAGCAACACUGAAUGCCAACUCCCAACCAGAAAGCGAUACUGAGGAUGACGAAGCCGUGAAAGAAUCCACCCCAAUGCUACUUUCGAAGGAUGACGACAAUGGCCUCGACGACAACUGGAACAUUCCUUCAUUGGCCAUGCUGACUUUGCCCAUUCUCAGUGGUAUCUUUCCAUUUUUGUUGCAAACGGCCAAGUCCCUGCCACCCAAUUCGACCGAACAAUGGGCAGUGAUUGGUUCGUUAUUUGUCGGUAACCGAGUCUACUUGUAUGCCUUAUCGGGAACGAUUGUGGCCUUGGCAGGGCUCCGAGGGGCGACUGAUUCAUCCUUUUUGGGACAGCGGAUUGUCGACUUGACAGAAGAGCUGCUGUAUCGACCAUCAUUGGAGAGCAAGACUGCCAAUCUAGAGACUGUGGAUGCCCAAUCUUUGGAGCCUAAUCGAAUGGAGGACGUCGUUGCUGACAAGACUGCUGAGGAAAAGCCGGCCAUGAUUGAAGCCCUACGACAAAGUGGAGUGGACACCUCCUUGGAUCAACUAACUGGGGAAACUCAAGCACUAUUGUUGCCAGUCCUAAUCACCUUGUCCUUGGCGACAUCCGUAAUAUUGCUACCGCUUUGGACUGGUGGUGACGGUGAUUUGAGUGACGAAAAUAGUCUGGAUCUAUUUAGUGGAUUUCUGAAAGAGCAAGAAGAACUCUUGUCGAAAAUUAUUCCCAAGUUGAGCGAGUUGUGGAACUUUGGCCUAUUGACCCUAUUUACGCGAUCCGAGGUACGGCGAUUAAUUUAUGAAAUAUUGUCUAAUGGAACGUUAUCAGAAAAAUACAGUAAUGAAAUGACUGUAGCAGAUGUGAAUGGGAAAGGUGAAGAUGAUGCUGGGUUGGAGCCUCUGGUCAUUAUUGAGUGGGCCAGUGCAAUCAGCAUUGCUCUUGCUGCUUUCUUGUGGAAAGCCUGGCCAGCACAGAACUUUGUCAACAUGGCCUUGGCUAUAUUGGUAGCUCGUGCCAUUCAAUUGGAUCGCUUGACGGUGGUGCUUGGGGCACUUUCUUUGCUGACCAUUUAUGACGCUACUUCCGUCUUUUUGGUACCAGCUGCCACAGCAACAGAUCUGGUUACGAGUAUUGAUCUUUCAAAUACUAUGGACGCGACUUCCAGUUUGGUGGCAUCGACUGUGGCAACAAGCUUGGCAACUGACUCUUCCAAUCUUCUUGUCUCGUCGCCGAAUGCUGCUGGCUCCGCCAUGGGAUCAGUGGCAGUUCAAAAGUUGACGUCUACCAGUUUUCAACCGGGUCUUUUAACGAUACGAAUAGGAAAUGAUAAUCGUCUAGGAGGCUCUCUGGGGCUGGGAGAUGCCGUCUUUCCAUCCCUUCUCGCCAUGCUUACGCGGCGAUUCGAUUUGGAGCAAGUGAAGCAAGAUAUCCUCAAAGACGAAGAAAAGGUGAAAGGGGCAUCAUUGUUUGCGGCUUCUUUGGGUGGAUAUUUCCUUGGAUGCUUUGCUUGCGAGUUUGCACCGAUGAUAUCCACUUCGGGGAUUCCCGCAUUGGUGUUCAUUGUUCCUUCCAUGAUCGUGUCUGUUUUCUUGGUAGCAACUUUGUCCGGUCAGUUGGAAGGAUUUCUCGAGUUUGCGCCCAAUAUGGAUAUACAAUCAGAAGAAUAG